UGAUUUGCUUUCGGAUCAUGUUCAGGUGUGUAUAAUAGACAUGAAAACGACGAAUAACUGAAUGUGACUUCUCGAGUGAUAUCGCGUUUUUUCGCGUAAAAUAUGGAGCCUGAAGUAGGCGAACACUAUAACCUGAAAUGGAAUCUUCAUCACACGGAAACGAUUCGGGCAUUUGAGAAUCAUCGAGUGUGUGGAUCUUUGGUGGACGUGAUUCUGUUUUGCGAUGGCAAGGAGAUUAAGGCGCACAAACUAGUCCUUUCUGCGUGUUCACUGUAUUUCGAGAAAUUAUUCCGCAUUACGGACUCGAGUCGUCAGCCCGUGCUCAUCUUUCACGAUGUUGCUGAAGACCUACUGCGUCUGGCCGUGGAGUUUAUGUACAAUGGGGAGGUCGAGGUGCCGAGCGAGAAGCUGCCGCAGUUCAUCAAUCUCGCUGAGAGUCUCGACAUCAAAGGCCUGCGGACUCGCGAAGAGGAUAGAAAUGGUUCUCCGCUUGUCGAAGAAUUGGCAGGCGAUGAAGCUGUGAUGGCUGUGCAGUCACCGGUAGAUGAGGCGGAGGAGGAUGUGCGGGCGCCCCGCCCAAAAAAGCGGCGGGUCAAUUCGCAUUCGACGAGGAGUGGGGCGAAGACACAGCAAACCAGCCGCAAGGCAACCCCUUCGAGUCCCGUUAACGUAAAGAAGGAGUCACCGCCGUGGCAAGAUGAAAGCAAAGGCAAUGAGUCUCAGAAAACACGUACUCGGCGAACGUCGCCAAGCUCUGAAAAGAAGCAGAAAAGAGAUCUUUCCGCCCAGCUCAUAAUAAACAACACACACGACGUCCUCGAUUUGGGCGAUGACGGAGAAUCUGACGGAACGAAGUUUUCGUUGUAUAACAUUGAAUUGGAUCACCCUCAACACGUCCCCCCGGAUAUAACAGUGGAGGGUCCGAGUCCGGAGUUGAAUGGUCUCUUUAAAGGACGCGAUCUGAAUGGUCGGUUGGUGUAUCUCUGCGGGUUUUGUUCUUACACUGCGAGCAAAAAAACCCACGGCAUCGACCAUGUCCGCAUCCAUCUCGGGGACCGCCCGUUCGCGUGCUCCAUCUGCGGUCGAAAAUUCACGCGAAAGCAGCAUAUGCGGAAACACGAGUUCCUACAUCAGGUGAAGCAGGAAUCCCUGCAGCUCGCGGAAUUCAGCUGCGACUCUCCGGUAGAUUCACCGAGCGACGAAGUGGCUGAUGAGAAUGCGAGAGUCAAGCAAUACGGAGAUGGCUGCAAACGGGAGUUCUUUGAGUCCGGCGACGAGGAUGCGAAGAGCGAUCACGAAUCGAGUAACGAAGACAGCCGUGACGAGCAUGAAUUCACGCCGAAUGAAAACUCGUCCAUUACUUUGGAAUGAUGAGGUUACCAGAAGGAUUACCUCAUCGCAAUCUCGCAUCAGCAAAAGCGUGGAAACACAUACCCCGUUUUUUUUCCUCCGUUGGUCUGCGUGAGGAAGUGAAGAAAGAGCAUCUCGCGAAAGUCCAAAUCACUCCCUUUUUGUGUUCCUUGGAAUAUUUAUGGCCCAGUCUUGUGAAUUUUUCGCGUGGGGAAUUUUUUUGUUCGGUGCUUGAGGCGAGGUUGUCUCAACCGAAAUCUUGAAAUCAUCUGGUCGCACGGAUCGAGCUUUGAUUUUUUUUGUCAUGACUUUUGUGCAAGGACUUUGCUGUUACCUGGUCAAUAUCGCAUUAUUUUUUUCGCUCGGGGGUAUCACGAUUGAAUCGGCAUUUUUUCUGUGGCAUUGAACAAGCUUCUAGUUUUCGGGCUAAUGGCUGGAGGAUUCUUUUGUUGGUUCAUGGACAGCAGCUGUUGAUAUCGCGCGGCACCGAAGCUUUCUUCUUUAAAAACAGUCAUUUAUUGGUAAAUGGUUAUGACCAUUUUUUGUUUUUUUCUGGAAAGAAAUCUUUGUCAGUUUAGGAAUUUUAGGUAACAACUGAUGUCCAUGAUCUGCAGAAGUACAAUAAUGGGGCGUGUUCUUAUUAGGCGCAUUCCAGUGUGCCAUGCAUAGGGGGUUUUUAUAUCGGCGUAUUUAUUUCCGUGGCAUUUUUUCCUGGAUGGAUUUUUUAUAUCGAAUUUCCGAAAGCACAAGAGUGGUCACGCGGGGUUGUGUUGCGUUGUACAGCUCGCACAGUGUGUCACCCGAAAUCGUUUGCAGAACAGUUUUCGGCAUUGGUGUAAUCCUUUCGGGUGCAGUUGUUCGGACGCUGAGUCUGGCGUAAUCGGUCUUUUCAUUGGAUGUUGGUAGACGUUUUUUGUUCGGUUUUUUGUUUUCGCUUUCGGGAAGAUUCUCGGAGAACGUCUGGAUUUGAUGUGCCAGUGCCCGAAUCAUUUACUAGUCGUGAAGAAAAAAAUGUGUUGUGUGCGUGCUGGUUGGCAAGGUGAAGAAGUCGAGAGUUUCUUUAUCAAGGAAUUCCACCAAAAGUGUUGCGUUUGGGAAAGAAAGGAACGAAUAAAUUCGUUUCGAGUGAAUUUUAAGAAUA